UGUGGUGUCGCGUCGAUGGCGUACAGCGCCGGCCCGCGCUGCGCCGCCCUGUUUAGGCGCGGCUCCCUUUUAGGGCUCGCUGCUCCCCAGGGGGCGCGUCUUGCCCACGUCUGCGCAGCCGUCCACAGCGAUGCGUUUGUGAGGUGCUGGCUUGGAGCGAUGCAGUUGUGUGGGGUUGCGCGCGGCUGAUUGGCUUGAGCGGCGAGUUGGAGGGCUAGUGUGUCAAUGCACGCUAGUUUCUCGCCGCCGGAACGAGACGUGCGCAGCAAGCCGGGCCUCAAAAAUAUCGCCACAGCACCUCCGAACACCAUAAAUAAGAUCCCAGUCGAAUGCAGUCCGUCCCGCGCGCCGCCGGCCUCGCCCUGCUGCUCGGUGCCGCCAGCACGGCGGCCUUCACCCUGCCACCGGCGCGACGAGGGACGCCGUGGACGCGCAUCAGCGCAACCAACGAGGACUGGCGCCAGGCGUGCGACAGCGACGGCGUCGUGAGCUAUUACGACUACGGCGUGCGGCUCGGCGGCGCCGACUCCGACGCGGCCGUCGCGGCGUCGCUCGAGGCGAAGCUCAAGAGCUUCGAGGCGACGCCCGAGGAGGAGCGGGCGGCGACGCUCGGCGGCAUGAUUCCGGGGUCGAGCGGCACGGACGCGUUCGAUAUUUCGUUGUACCUCGCGGCGAUCCCGCUCUUUGGGUCCCUGGCCCUCUUCCUCUUCUUCCCGGCCAUCGCGCCGAUGCUCGCGGGGAGCGACCUGCCGCCGCCGAGCGCGUGAGGCCCGCCGCUUAAAAUUACUUAGGACCCU